AUGGCAUACCUUGAGGCACCUAAAACAAUACAAAAAGAGUAUGAUUACUUCCUAAAGUUCAUUCUAGUGGGUGAUAGUGAUGUAGGCAAACAUGAGAUCCUCUCAAACUUCGACGAAGGGGAAUACAACCCUUUCUGUGGGCAUGGGGCUCACAAAACAACCACUAUCCUAUUGGAUGGUAAAAGGGUGAAAUUACAGUUGUGGGAGGCAUCAGGGCAAGGCAGAUUCUGCACCAUAAUAAGAUCAUACUCGCGUGGUGCACAGGGUGUGUUUUUGGUGUACGACAUAACAAACAGAUGGAGUUUCGAUGGCUUAGAUCGUUGGUUGAAAGAAGUGGAUGAGCAUACGCCUGGAGUCCCUAAAGUUUUAGUUGGCAAUAGAAAACAUUUGGAGUUUGAUCGUAAAGUUGGGCAACGAGAUGCGGAAACUUAUGCUAACAAACAUAAUAUGGCUUUCUUUGAAGUUUCACCUUUGUGUAAUUUCAACAUACACGAGAGUUUUUGCGAGUUGUCACGAAUGGCGCUGCAGAGAAACGGUUUAGAAAGACUAUGGCGGUCAAAUAAAGUUUUAAGCCUCCAAGAGCUGUGUUGCCGCGCCAUAGUGGCCCGUACAACCGUGUACACCAUAGAGCAACUUCCUCUGCCGACAUUCGUGAAACGCCAUUUGAAAUCGUACGCUCUAGCGUCGCCGCCGGCGCCCCAGAUGCGUUACGCGCACAGUUUGAAG